AUCUAUGAUGGUACAGACUACAGCCGUUGGUUUUGAAAUGCGUUCCCUUUUAUGCAGCCAUUUUAUUUGUUUGUUUGUGAUAAGAUAUCGAGGUGGGGGUAUAAUUUUAUCUGCAUAUUUUAAUAUUUUAGUACUUACAAGUUACAAAUUAUGUAUCCUGUUAAUUAUUUAGAUUUUACCCAUGGUAGGUACGUGCCACAUCAUGGUACGCGCUAAAUUACCUAUAUCUCAUUACUCACUAGAUCUCUUUGCGAAUUACUGAUGGCUUGUCAAUUGUCAUCAUUUUCAACAUAACUCGCUAUCACCCAUCUUCACUACUUGUAGAAACUAGAAAACAUGUGUGGGUGUUAUUAGCUUAAUUCCUAAAUAUAUAAAAAGAAAAUUGUUAUUACUUUUCAAUCAUUUUAUAGUCAUUAAUGAUUAAAUACAUAUUGUGUGGAACCAAAUUUAGUAGUUGUCUUUUUAUGUAGUGAAUUUUUCAAGUCAAACAGAUUUUUAAAUUGGUAAUAAACAAAAAGAUGCCUUCAAUUAUAAUACUAACGAUUUUUGUUUUGGUAUUUACCAUACCAUUUGCUUUAAAUCAGUUAAGAAAAUAUCUCGACGAAUUUGGAUUUGAUAAUACGCAACCAUUAAAUCUGGAUACAAUGAAAGAGCUUAUAAACAUAAUUAUUGAAACUAAAAUUUGCUCAAAGUAUGAAAAACCGGUUCCUCCACCAACUGUGGAAAUUCAUUCAAUAAUCUAUGCUAUUUUGUCUUGUUUGUUUUGUGCUGUAGUUGGUUAUAUACUCGGAAUUGAAAAACGGCAUAAACUUGUUUGCUCUAUCAAACGGAAUAUCUUCAAAAGAAAUGGUGUUUUACAUGUUAAUAACUUUGAUAAUGAACCAUCUAUUUGUUCUGUUUGUCUGGAUGUAUUUAAACCACGAAUGGUAUUAUUACCUUGCAAACAUUUAUGUAUAUGUGCCAACUGUUGGGAACAAUUUCAUUAUGAGAGUGAACUUAUUUGUCCUAUUUGUCGUGAAUACAUUGAAGACGUGUUAGAUGUGUAUCCAACAUAAUUUGAAUUAAUUUUUUUAUCUUCUAAAUAUAUAAACGAAAAAAAUUAAAACUAUUUGUGCCAUUUAUAUGUUCUUAACGUAAAAGUAAAAAUGAUGUAUCUCAUUAUCUUCUAAGGUUAAAAUAUUGUAAUUUAGACUUUUGAUUAUUCUUACUUGAUACAAAUAUAAUGUAAAUAAUGAAAAUUGACUGAAGUUUUUGAAUGUUAAGUAAGUAAUGUAUAAUUUUAUAGAGCAAUAAUUGUACUAAUUAAUACUGAUUUUUUA